AAACUUAAUUAAAAAUUCACGCCGCAUUAAGUAUUACUAAAGCUUUAUUUAACAUUAUCAUUUUCUGAUAAGAUAAAAUACAACAAAAUCUUUUUAAUUCGUGAUUUAUCUGCAGUCUACACUCGUGUUGUUAUCAACUAAAUGCAGCAUGUGGGUAAUACUUCUCUUAUCCAUACUUGCUUCAGCAACGGCUUCAAAUCCAGAUCUGGCUUCUUCAGAUACAGAUCCAGAUCUAUUUCCCGUACAAAGAGCGACUGAAGAAGCAGAAAUCUCCAGUAACAAGUACUUGUUAUCAUCACCAGUUAUUCCCACACACUAUGAUGUCGGCUUAACAGUUCCCUUGGAGGCUUUAUCUGGAGGUAGUACAAAUUAUGACGGAACUGUUGAUAUAACUUUGAGUGUUAUUAACGCAACGAAUGUUGUUCAAUUGCACUCACUUGUAAACAUCGUUAGCAUAACCUUUACUGAUUCGUCUAUUGUGAUACACAAUUAUACACUCAACCCAAACCUGGAAACGAUCUCUAUAUUUUUAAACAGUACCCUAAAUGCUAAUGCGAUCUACAAGCUCAAUAUUAAGUUUAAUGCAAGUUUAGAAAAAGUUAACAUGAGGGGAUUUUAUAGAAGUGACUAUAUUAUUAACGGUACUAAAGAGUAUCUGGCUACAACGCAAUUUCAGGCAACUUCUGCUAGAAGAGCAUUUCCUUGUUUUGACGAACCAGGAUUGAAAGCAACUUUUCAGUUGACUCUAACCCAUCCCUCGGAAUUCAAUGCUAAGUCAAAUACACCAUCCCAGUCGCAGGCAGUAGUACAAGCAACAAAUACUACGACAACUGUUUUUGAAAAAACCCCGGUGAUGUCUAUAUACUUGAUAGCCAUCGUAAUUUCAAAAUUUAAUUGCACGUCAAGUACAAAUUUAGGUACAAAUUUUGGGGUAUGUUCAAGAACCGAUUUAUCUAACGACAGAAAUGAAGCCUUAAAAUAUGGUAUGAAAAUUUUAGAAGCGUUUGAUACGUACACUGCUAGUCCAUACAAUUUAACCAACUUAAAGAAAUUGGAUCAGUUCGCCAUUCCCGAUUUUAGUGCUGGAGCCAUGGAAAACUGGGGUAUAGUUACUUACAGGGAAUACUCACUUAUCUGGAACAAUGAACAAACAUCAAGAGCUUUAAGGCAAAGUUUACUUUCCAUAGUCGCUCAUGAAUUUGCACAUAACUGGUUCGGAAAUCUGGUUACUACAAAAUGGUGGGAUACCACUUUCUUGAACGAAGGAUUCGCGAGGUAUUUCCAAUACUUCAUUUUGACAAAAAUUACUGAUUUAAGUGACUUUCAAAUGGAUAAACAAUUUAUAGUUGAACAACAACAAACAGCAUUUAUAGAAGAUGCGUCCCCUCUUUCUCGCUCACUUACGUCCGAAGCAUGGACACCGGCUGAAAUAAGCAACAAAUUUAAUACAAUAUCUUAUAACAAAGGUGCAUGUGUCUUUAGAAUGAUAGAGAACUUGAUUGGUUCUGUUGCUUUUCAGACAGCUUUGCAAAAAUAUCUAAAUGCUACUGCUUAUGGUUCAGGAACCACGGAAAAAUUAUGGGCCAAUUUUCCUAACAGUAUUGCAUUACCUCCAAAUGUAAAUUUUACCGAUUUUGUAGAUAAUUGGACAAAUAAACCUGGAUUCCCAGUCGUGAAUGCAGUUUUCAAUGGAAAAAAUGUUACAUUUUCACAGAAAAGAUUCUUAUACACUGGAAAUAAUAACACUCAGUGGUACAUACCGGUUACUUACAGAUUGUCAAAUAGCUCUUCAUAUGAAACAUUUUGGUUGGCACCCAAUAGUUCUGUAACAAUACUAAAUAAUUUAACUGACAAAGACUGGUUAAUUGUAAAUGAUGAUUCUAGAGGUUAUUACAGAGUUAAGUAUUGCAAAAGGCUAACGCAAAGAAUACAAUCUCUAUUAAAUCAAAAUCACACUCAAAUUUCGGAGUUAAACAGAGCUCAAAUACUAGACGACUCUCUUAAUCUUGCUAGGGCUGGAUACAUUAAAUACUCCGAAGCUUUCGAGCUUCUGGAAUAUUUAAAAAAUGAAACUAGCUACUUCCCUUGGUUCACUACGAUUAAAAAUAUGGAUUAUUUAGUAACAAGAUUAGGAGCCAAUACCGAGUUGGGAAAAAGAACAAAUGCUAUGAUAUUAGACCUUAUAAGUCAGAUUUCAGCCAACAUUUCAACUACUAAAUGGGAAGAAAUUGAUCAAGUUACUACUUUGAAAUUGCAAAGGGUGUGGGCAGAUGCUUGUAAAAGAGGCCAGGCAAGUUGUAUUUCUGAGACAAAGAGACUGUUUCAGGCAUUAAGAUUAAACAAAACUAGCGUAAAUCCAAAUAUAAGAGACGUAGUAUACUGUAAUGCCUUGAGAAAUAGUAACAAUAUUGCCGCUGAUUGGGAGUUCCUGUGGAACAGACUAUUGAUCUCUAUUCAUCCUCAGGAAGAUCUUUACAUAUUACUGAGUUUGGGAUGCACAACACACAAGCCCUACUUAACAAGAUUAUUGGAUGCAACCAUAAACUCUACAUCAGUAAUAAAACUUCAAAACCUAUAUACCGUAUGGAAUUCAGUUGGUUCUGCCAGUAAAGAAGGUUUAGAUCUUGCUUUUGAAUAUUUCGUUAACAACUACAAAAAAAUUAUUGAAUAUUAUCCCGAUGGUAUAUCAUUAUUAUCUCAAUUGGCCAACAGAUUUACAACUAAUGCUGAGGUCACAAAGUUGCAACAAUUCGCUGAUCGGCUGGAGAAGAACUCAACAAUCAGAGCUGUUGCAAAUUCAGCUUUAACUACAGCAAGACAGAAUUUACAAUUUAGGGCUCGAAUUGAAGAUGACCUGAACGAUUACUUCAAGAUUGAUAACUCCGGGUCAUCAGUAACUCCUCUUGGAAUAUUUAUGCCUUUAUUAUUGUUAAGUGUAGUUUUCUUUAUGUAAAUAUCUGAUAAGAGAAAGAUUUAUCUAUAUUUAAGAUCAUUUAUAGAAAUAUUGAUGUACAUAAAAUAUUAUUUUUCAAUUCUAAUUGUAUAAUAAUUAAAUAUUAAUAAUA